CCGCCCACUUCCCUUGAAGCAACAUGGUCGGUCGGCCAGUCAGAUGGAUACUGCACAGCAGCACAGGCCAAUCUUCCACCCGAUGACGUUCCACGGAUCGGCCCCCCGUUGGCCGCGGUGAAGGAUGCAGGGAAAGGGAAAGGGAGUGGUUGUGGUUCAGGUACCCAGACAGACCCGACAGAUCCCUUCGAAGAGACCUAUCAAAGACCCCCGAAGGAUGAAUAUCGCCAAGAUGAAACAGAGAAGUCUCCGACAGUUGUUCAUUUUGAUUCAUUUUUGCUUUUUUUUAUUCUGGAAGAAAGUCCGCAAAGAAGCCCAGCCCAGCCCUAAUUGUUAGUUUUCUCUCUGUUUGUCCAGGUACCCAGUCAUUCCUUUGUCAUUGGACA